CCGUUUUUAAUGACUCGCUUGUAAUUGGAACCUAUUAUCGUGAAUAUUUUGAUCUUUUUAUGGAUCUUAGAAAGUUGUGUUGUGGCCCUAAAGCGGUGAAUACCAUCGUGCCAAUCUGUUCGCGUUGGCUGUGACCAGCUGUGACCAUGAAAUCAUUUUGAUUUUCAUGAAAGUCAUUGUCGAUUGAGGUUAAAAAUAGUUGUAGUUAAUCCGAGUAAGGAUAAAGAGUUUAAAGUGAAAUUCAAAGUGCGCCUAAUUAACAAUGGGUACGGGACAAAUAAAGCGUGAUAUCGAGCGUAGCUUGAAUUUAAUAGUAACGGGGAAAGAGUCGGAGAUUGCUGAGGGAUGGGAAAAGUUACAGAAGCUCGACGGUAAUCAGGUAUAUAGUCAAUUAAAUACCUGUCUUGAUAUUUUGAGGCGUAUUUUAAAAGAACGAAUCACGAAUGUUAACGAAAUCCCUCGCAUCAUUUCUUGGUUUUGUAAACACGUAAUAAGGAAUGCUUCGGAUGGCAGUACAUUCGUCAGUGAUUUAAUUAUAUUCUUGAAGAAUACACACAUCAAGGACGUGUACAAUUUGACGACAAUUCUUCAUCCAUUGAUUAUUUAUGAUACUUAUUUUUGUGAGUCUGGCAAUUACAUAGAACUUUGCGAAACGAUAGUCAUAAGUCUGGCUAGUCUUUCAACGCCUUAUCAGCCAUUGAAAGACGAUGAGUUUAAUGAUAAUGUUAUUAAGAUUCAGAGUUUUUUAAAAAAGAUAUGUUCCAAUACAAAGAAUGUACACAGUGAGGAUCCUACUUUUGUAUGUUUGAAAACAUUGUACAAAAUUAUAUCGGAUAAGGAACGGAUACAGGAACCAGCUCUUGCAUUAGCGACAGUGCUGCAAUUGACAGAACCUUCUUUUAUACCUCGUGCAGUUAAUUGGAUCCUUUCAGAAUCGCUGUGUGAUGAUAAACUGGUUCAAGCUUUAAAGGUCUUAUGCACUUGGUUUCCAGAAUGGAAAGGAGACAGACUUGGCCGUUGGAUAAUGGAAUUUAUACUUGGUUUAGAAAGAAAACAGAAAGAUGCAAUACUUAUUGAGGUUACAGAAGCUACAUUGAGUACAAUGUUCCCAGCUUUAUUAGAGCCAGUACUUCGUCGUAAUGCUUCAGAGAUUAUAUUUCAUAUUUUAAAAAGACAAGGCUCAUUACGUUUAUUACAUAUUAUCAUUAGUACCAUGGAUAUGAUAUUAUUUCAAUUAGUGAAAGAGAAUUCAGAAUCUAGUAGAGAAUGUAUACAAGAAAUGAUUAAUAUAAGGACAGCUCUUACAACAAGACAUAUAAAUCCAAAAACAUAUAUAUUUCCACAAAUUAAUUUACAAGUAAUGCCUCAAAGAAAUGUUGUCAGAGAAAUACUGAUUGGGCCUACCUGGACAAAUGAAAAAGAAUUAGAUUCUUUUGUAGAACCUCCUAAAUCUAUAAUUGGAAAAGUGGGUCUUUCUAAUCUUGGGAAUAUAUGUUAUAUGAACAGUGUAUUACAAGCCUUAGUUAUGACAAGAGAAUUUUGUCAUGAAGUAUUAAAUUAUAAACCUUCAAAUGAUAGUGGUGAACAAGUUAUAUUGAAGAAACUACAAAAUUUAUUUGCUUUGCUAUUGUACUCCAAUAGAAUAUCUUUAGCGCCAACUGAAAUUUGGAAUGCUUGUCGGCCUGCUUCUUUCUUACCUGGUCAACAACAGGAUAGUUCAGAAUUUCUUUGUCACUUGUUAGAUAUGCUGCAUGAACAAGAGAAAUGUGGUGGAAAUGAUUUAAGUGGUUGCCAAUAUAAAGUGGAAAGACAAGACAAUGAAAGUCCACCAAUGGAAGAAGCAGGAAUUAUUAAGCGUUGGACUACUGAAGAAAAUUUAACAGGGAGUACAAUUUUACAAAGGAAAACUCAAUCAUUAGCCGAUUUUACUCAAGGUGAAGAGCUAUCACAGACGCAACAUCUUAGCGAUUCUCAUUCUGAUUCCACAGAUAGUGGAAUACAAUCUGUUGGAGGAGAAGAAAUAAAUAUACAAGCCUCUCUUGUACAUAGGGUGUUAGGUGGAGAAUCAAAAAUUACCUAUCAGUGCGCGCAAUGUGAUACUAGUUCACAUAAUACAGAUAAAUUUCGUGAUCUUCAAUUGUGCUUCCCCGAAGAAAUACACGAAAAUCAAAAGGUCUCCGUUCAGGAUCUCAUUAAUUAUUAUCUUACACCAGAAAAAUUAACCGGUGAAAAUAAAUAUAGAUGCGACAAAUGUAUGAGAUUAUGUGAUGCACAAAGAAUUAUUAAGAUUUUACAAGCGCCUGCACAUUUAAUUUUAACGCUGAAACAUUUUCAUUAUGAUUUUGAAAGCCGACUAAGAACGAAAUUACGACAUAAAGUUAUAUAUAAUGACAUCAUACAAUUGCCGGUAUCAACUCAACCGAAUCCAAUAAAUGAGACUUAUCAACUUUACGCCGCUGUUGUACAUUCGGGCUAUAGUAUGGAUUAUGGACAUUACUUCACGUAUGCUUGUGAUUCUAAACAGAAUUGGUACAAAUUUAAUGACAGUUAUGUUUCUUAUACUUCUCUAGAAGAUUUCAAAGAUUUGAAACCACCAGAUACGCCUUAUAUACUCUUUUAUGAAAAAUUAGGAUCGUCCAAUGGGAUUUAUGAAGAUAAGCUUGAAUUGUCUACAUUGAGUAAACAUAUACAAGACAUCGUUGCAAAGGAUAAAGCGGCAUAUAUAGAAGAAUCAAGACAUCAAUCUGAAAAAUCACAACAAAGUCGAUACCAACCUACGUUUCUUCGCCGAAGUGAUAAUUCUGAUGAUGAAAAUCCUCCAUCUAGUAGUUGUCGUGGUGCAGUUAAUAUACAAACAAAUUCAUUUCUUUGUUAAAUAAUUUUAUAGUCGUCAAAUUGAUUGAAAUUUCAUUUAGCAUUAACGGCGAAUUAAUAUUCAUUAUUCAUUUAAUUCGUAUCAUUUAUGAUUAUAUCGAAAGUUGUAACGUAUUCAGUAAUAUCAUUGCAUAAACACAGGUAUUAUAUUUAUUGUAUUAUAAUAGAAUUUUAUGAAAAAACUAUCACAAAUUUCAAAUUUUUAUCUAUCUUAAGAAGGUUUCUAAUGGUAAACUUUUUUUAAGUCUAUUAAAACGAGAUAUACUAAAUAUAUUGUGUACAUAAACUUAUGUAUAAUCAUAAAUCUGGUGUAAGGUGUGUAAUAUGUUCCAUGGGCUAAUCGCUCUUGUUCAUUAAGCAUCAAGUAAUUUAACAUUGUUAUUGUUGAAAAAUAAGAUGCUUCUGGAAGGUUGGAAGAGAAAGUAACGCGAGUCCACACUUUAAAAAUGAAAUUGUUAUCAAAAAGACACGUGUUGUGUCUUUAAAUAAAAUACUUCAGAUUUUGAAAAAAAA